UCAUGAACAAUAUAUUUGGAACCAAUAAGCCAGGCCCUAGGCUAGUGUCUUGGGCUGAGUGCCUUCCUGCCAACUUCUGCUGCUGUCUGGACGAGAUGAGAAACCUACAGACUAGUGAAGAAUCGAAUCACUGUAAAAUGGGAAAAUGGCUGCCAAGAAAUUCAAAUAAUUUGGAGACAAAUCAAUUUAUUCAGGCUUACUUCAGAACUUAUUGUGUCUGAAUUGAAGGUCUGAAUAACUCAAGUACACUUGUAAACUCCUCAAAUGCUACAGAGGCUGGUCACAAAGAUUCUAAAAAUGUAGCUGACUCAGGACCUAAGCAACUCGAUGAAUCAAUAAUGGAGCCUCAACACGAGCCUGAAAAUUCUGGGAGGAUUCAGAGAACAACAAGGCAGAAAUUGAAUAAUUAUGAGUCAGAGCCAGAGGAUGAGUUCACACUUGGAAGGCCUGCUCCAAGCUAUAAGACUAGGAAAGACCUCGUCUACAAGGCUGCAUUUAGGAGGAUGAGGAAGUAUUUCACUCAAGACUUCAGAGCAGCCACUAAGCAUCAUUCUCCUGAAACAGACUACAUAUCUAGACUUAGAGAGUAUUGCUCAUACAAGUUCCCUGAGAGUAGCUCUGACCGAAUCUGAGUUGCCUUCGACUGUGUCAUCAAUGCUAAGGGAAGAUUUGGAGCAAUUCCUAGCCAAGAUACUGAACUAAAGAGCCUUAUUGAGAAGCUCAUGCAUUUUUACAGCGAUAAAAUAUUUAAAAAGAUAGGCUCGCAGUCAGGGUUCUGGGAGAUCCUACUACAUUUCUUGAGCAUCGAAGGAGUGGGCAGUCUUAUAUACUCAGACCGGAGAGUGUCCUUUCAGAGAAAAGUGAAAGCCCAUCUUCAUAAGCUGAAGGAGAGAGUGUUCCAGAUGCGCUCUCUUCCCCAUGAAUAACCAUAAUUUUAAUAAAAUUUGAUUCGAA